UCUCGACUUAAGCUUGUCAAUUCUCUUUCUUUGUGUUUUUCUGUCAUAUGCGCUUAUAUGCUGCUUGGUUGAUCGUUAGCUUUUCCUUUUGACAAAUCUGUUUCCAGUAGAGAAUGUGUAGGUGAUGGUAAAGAUGAACAGCAAACGUGUUAAGAGUGAAACAAGUCUAUAUGAACACGCUGCUUUGGUUUAAAAGGUAAAUAAAAAUGGUUAAGCACAACAAUGUUAUUCCUAAUGGGCAUUUUAAGAAACAUUGGCAAAACUAUGUGAAAACGUGGUUCAACCAGCCUGCUAGGAAAACCAGGAGAAGAAUUGCAAGACAAAGGAAGGCUGUGAAAAUUUUCCCUCGCCCAACUGCUGGUCCGUUACGUCCGAUUGUCCAUGGCCAGACUUUGAAGUACAACAUGAAAGUGAGAGCUGGAAGGGGUUUUUCUCUUGAGGAGCUCAAGGCCGCAGGUAUUCCAAAGAAGUUGGCACCUACUAUUGGUAUAUCAGUUGAUCAUCGUCGUAAGAACCGUUCUCUGGAGGGUCUUCAAACCAAUGUUCAGAGGCUGAAAACGUACAAGGCGAAAUUGGUUGUCUUCCCAAGACGGGCACGGAAAUUCAAGGCUGGUGAUUCUGCACCCGAGGAACUAGCAACAGUUACUCAAGUUCAGGGGCAAUACAUGCCUAUUGUGCUUGAGAAGGCUGGAGUGGAGCUUGUUAAGGUUACAGAGGAAAUGAAGUCAUUCAAGGCAUAUGACAAGCUCCGUAUUGAGCGCGUGAAUCAACGCCAUGUUGGUGUUAGAAUGAAGAGGGCUGCCGAGGCUGAGAAGGAAGAGAAAAAGUAAUUAGUUUGAUCAAAUUUUUGGCUAGCUUUGAGUUUUUAUGUUAAAACUUUCAAGUUGUUGGUUAAUCUUUACAAAUUUUCUACUUGAAGAUAUAUUAAUUACAUAAUGUGUCUUAUUUUCAUAAAGAUGUCUGUUAUUUAUAAUCAUGUGGCUUAAACCUGUGACAUAUAUGUGAAACAUUUUGUA